AAUGUCUUCAUCAUUAUUGGCAACAAGAAGUAAACAACGACAAGAAAUUGAAGAAAUUUCUCAGAAUCCAAAUUUAAUAAAGGAUUUGAAAAUUUUACCACAAAAUUAUUCUUUUGAAAUUCCAAAAACUAUAUGGAAAAUUAACAGUACACAGAGCAAAACUGGUAAGUGA